CUGUCGCUUCUGCCCUCGUUCACCAAAGGGUGGGGGGAAAUUUCGCCGAAGACGUUCUUUCGUUUUAACGGAGUGCAUAUUAAUCACAAGUAGUGAAGGAUACAACGAUAUAAUAUUUUUUGUAUUAAACAUUGUGUGCUUAAAACUGUAUGUAUACAUAUUUAUCACUAAGAAGUACAAUUACUCGUACUAAGAGAUUGAAUAAAUAUAAGAUGGACAAUGCUAGUGCUGGAGGAUCAUGAAAAGCCAGUUUUGGCUAGUAAACAAGGUUAAAAGAUCGACUAGAAUUGUCUGGCAAUUUGAACCACUAGCAUCAUGCAAUGAGUUGCACUGAUCAGAUAGCCGAUUCCACGCGCAUGUGACAUCUGUUUACAGCUAUUCAGGGAGAAGAUGGACAAUUUACUAUCAUCAAAAUUGAACCUAAAGAUCCAAAUGGGUCUGUCUGCUUGGGGACAAGUGACCAGGCAGAAAAUAUACCAGCAGAAAUUCAAACUGUUGAUGUGGAAGAGAUGACUCACCCAGUCAUACAUGUAACUCAAGAUAAUAAUCAUCUUCAUGAAUCAUCUGCAGAUAUGCAUCUGAAUGCUGCUGAAUUAGAGGCUAGUCGGGAUCAUAAUGGAUCCAGAAUUAGCUGGAAUUAUCAUUUCCAGGCCUUGAAUGAGGCAUCUGUGCAAGCUAAUGAUUAUGAGAUAGAGAGAGCAACAGGCACACUUCCUGCACGCAAAAGAUUUAUUCCUGUGAAGUUUAGGGAUUUUCGGUCUCCAGAAGAAAUUAGUGAAAAUGAGGAUGAUGACUCAGAUUAUGAGCCAGAACCUUUGCCUAUACCUCAGCGCAAAAGAAGAGGUCGUCCAAGAAAGCAUCUAGAAGGUGAGGCUGGAGACAAUGCAGGUCCCAGUAUAGUAAAGAAACCCAAGAUGAUUAAAACAGCCAAUGGUUACAAGUGUACAACCUGCAAUCGUGUUUUUAGCCAAAAGGGUAACCUCAAGGUCCAUCUUAUCACACAUACUGAUAUUCGACCCUUUCCCUGCGAUUUUGAAAAUUGUAAUAAGCACUUUAGAACAAGAGAGAGUCUCCGCAGGCACAAGUUAGCUCAUCUAGGAAUAAAACCUUUCGAAUGUGAUGUGUGCAAGAAAAAGUUCUGCAGUGCCCUUAGUUUGCAAGAGCACAAGUCUCGCCACACAGAAGCCAAACCUUACUCAUGCAACAUUUGUCAGCGUGCAUUUCGUCAGAUCAGCUGCCUGCGGCGACACCUGAUGACCCAUACUCAGGAGAUGCGAUACACUUGUGAGAUAUGUGAGCGAAAAUUCACCCAGGCCAUUUACCUGCGUUCUCACAUGAAAGUCCACACAGGAGAACGACCAUACUCAUGUGAACAGUGUAACAAAUUGUUUGCUCAUGCUUCAGACCUUCAGCGUCACCGAAUCAUUCAUACAGGUAAAAAACCUUAUGCCUGCAGCGUUUGUGGAAUCCGUUUCAGUGAUCCAUCUAGUCGUCGCCGACAUGAAAAAGAGCAUGUUGGUUCUAAACCAUAUUGUUGUCAUCUUUGCUCUGAGGGAUUCAAGCGAGCAGGUCAGCUGAGAGCUCACCUCUUUAGGCACCAUGGAGGUUUAAAGGAAGGUGUGGAAUUUCAGAUUCAGGAAGGGUCAGAGCCUGUUUGUUAUCGUAUAGAAUUAAGAGAAGAAACAGCAGGUGGAUUGGAAGCAGAUCCAGCUUCAGCCACUAGAGCAUUAGAUUGGUCUGCUUUUGAUGAAAAGAAAAUUGUGAGUUUGAUUCAGAACUUAAACCAUGACAUUGUGGUACAAGAAGUUGAGGUGCCUGCUAGUUCUGUGAGAGAGGGAGUAGAAGCAGAACACAUGGAGGAGGUGGUGGUAGCUGAAGGACAUGCAAGUGUGGAUAUGGAGCAGAUGGUCAUACCCGUUGAAGUUGCAACUGUUGUAGAAGCAGGGGAAGAGGCAGGAGAGAAAUUAAUAACAAUUGCAGAAGUGGAAGCAGGCAGUGAAGGGGAAAUAGAAUCUUAUCAGAUCUUGCAGGGAAUAUCAACAGAUGUAGACAGCCUAGCUCAAGAGAUGAUAGCUGUGCAUUAUCAUCAGCCACCUUCAACCUUGGGAAAUGAGUCUUGCUUAGCUCCCACUACAGUUGUCUCUGCAUUGGCUGGCACAUCGGUAGCAGCAGGCACAAUGCUGUCUACGAUGGCCUCUCCCCAGGCAAAUGCACAGAAAAGCAAAACAACAGCAACAUCUACAUCAGUUUCUGACUUAACAUCAAACACGGUGGUAGCAGCAACAUCAGACUACAUCAACAAACCAGAUUUUGGAAGCCAGGAAUACUACAACUGGCUCUCAAGCUUUACAGAAGUCUGUAAAUUGGUGCCCAUGCCACUGGAUGUGGAACUAUUUCAGAAGAUAAGUCAACUGCACAAAACCCUUUCUGAUUUUAUGGCCUCUCCUUCAGGUGUUAUUUCUGAUAAAGAAAAUUUUUGUAUCCUUAUGAGCAUUUCAAAAGAUCUUAAUCACAUUCUUAACGAGCAUCUGUCCUUCAUGCUGCAGAAUCUUUCUGAUGGCCAUUUAGCAGCUACUGGCAUAUGACACAACUGGCAAAGAAAUCUUUGUUCUUUCAAGCAUUCUUAAGAAAAUCUUUGUUCUUUGGAGGAUUUUUAACAAAACUCAUAUGCUGAUUGUGCAAACUAAAAUGUAAACUUUAUCAGUCUCAAGGAGAAAGUAGUCUGGUCAUAGUUGGUAAAUGUUUUAAUGCAGAAAGUGUUGCUGACUGAACCAAAUGGGCUGUCAAAUGAUUCAUUUAUGUUUGGAACUUUUCUUUUGACAUGCAUUCAUGUGCAUACACAUACUUAAUAAUAAAACUCUUGCAUACGAAAAACAUAGGGAUUGAACAAUUUUCAAAAUGAUUUAUAUAGAAAUAUACCAGGGUGGCAGGGUGGAGGGGGUUAAUGCAUUUGCAACUUGUUCUUUUUUGCAUAAUGACUGUUAGCAGUAUUUAGAUAUAUGAUGUUGAAUGAAAGAUGGGACCUGCUACAAGAUAUAUGUGUGUGUGAGAUGGAGACAUCAACAUAAUUGACAUGACACAAACCUUUUUCAAACCUGAAUUGAGCAAGUUCUUUUCAAGAAUAAAAAUGCUGUAGCCUUAUCACAUAUGCUAAACUGGUGGAAACAAGGUGACAAUGCAUAGUGUUUUCCCACAUAAUGUUUAACAAUGGAUGUUUUUUGUCGCGGUUAUCCCAUGCAUACUUGUUCUAUCAUGGAAGGGACCAGUUUGUUUCUUGAGGAUAAAACUGUUGUUUCGUCUUGAUGGG